AUGAAUCACGCUGUCCAAACCUUCUUCACUCCUGCCAACACCAGCCACCCCCUCAACUAUGAAAUGCUCAAGGAGGAGCAUAAAGUGGCUGUGCUGAGGGUGCCCCGCAAUCCUGCUCCCCCGACAUCCACUGUGAUCCACAUCCACAGUGAGACCACUGUGCCCGACCAUGUCUUCUGGUCCCUGUUCAACACCCUCUUCAUGAAUUGGUGCUACCUGGGCUUCAUAGCAUUCACCUACUCCGUGAAGUCUAGGGACAGGAAGAUGGUUGGCGACCUGACCGGGGCCCAGGCCUACGCCUCCACUGCCAAGUGCCUGAAUGUUUGCACCUUCAUCCUGGGCAUCCAUGUGACCAGAACACUCAUCAUCCUUUUCACCAAUCUUUAUGUCAUUCACACAGCUCCUCUAAGUAUUGACCACCGUGGCCAUUGCCAGGGAAAGGGUGUCAUCAUGACACCUGGUGCUGAAUAUGCCACCAGACAGGAUGAGUGCCUAGAAAAUCAGCAGCAGCAGCAGCAACACGAGCAGCAGCAACAAGAGCAGCAGCAGCUGGAAUCCUGUUACAGGUGUGGGCUAUCAGGCCUCAACUCGGACCUACUGGAUCAGAAUCAGGAUUUAACAAGGUCCCAGGUGGCCAGUUGA